UCUCUUUCUCUUUUCAUCUUCAAUCAAAAAAAAAAUCCAAUGGCUCUUAAAGCCGUCCAUGUUUCUGACGUCCCGUCUCUGGACCAAGUCCCUGAGAAUGCUUCUCUCACUCUCUUCUCCUCUCGUUUCUCCACAGGUGUGGAGAUGAAUAAUAAUAAUAAUAAUAGGGCGUCGUUUAAGAUACCGAAGUUCUUAGUUGUGGGACACAGAGGGCAUGGAAUGAACGUGUUGCAGUCUUCUGAUAAGAGAAUGAAAGCCAUUAAAGAGAACUCCAUUGUUUCUUUCAACUCUGCUGCCAAAUACCCAAUUGAUUACAUCGAAUUUGACGUUCAGGUGACAAAAGAUGACUGCCCUGUCAUUUUCCAUGACAACUUCAUCUUCUCUGAAGAUAAUGGUAGUAUAUUUGAGAAGAGAGUUACAGAACUAUGUUUAUCAGAAUUUCUGUGCUAUGGACCCCAGAAGGAACAUGGAAAAGUGGGAAAAACUUUGCUGAGAAAAACAAAAGAUGGGAAAAUUGUAGACUGGAACGUUGAAACUGAUGAUUCUCUUUGCACCCUCCAAGAAGCAUUUCAACUAGUGGAGCCUACUUUGGGCUUCAAUAUUGAGUUGAAAUUUGAUGACCAUGUUGUCUACCAGCAGGAUUAUCUCAUCCGGGUUCUUCAAGCCAUCUUGAAGGUGGUCUUUGAGCAUGCUAAAGACAGACCUAUUCUUUUCUCAACUUUCCAACCAGAUGCAGCCCUCCUUGUUAGGAAAUUGCAGAGUGUCUACCCUGUUUUCUUUUUGACAAAUGGGGGGACAGAAAUUUUCUAUGAUGUGAGGAGAAAUUCUUUGGAGGAGGCUAUAAAAGUGUGUUUGGAAGGAGGUUUACAAGGGAUUGUUUCUGAGGUUAAAGAAGUCUUCAGAAAUCCAGGAGCAGUCACCAAGAUCAAAGAAGCCAAACUCUCCCUUCUCACAUAUGGCAAAUUAAAUAAUGUAUCUGAGGCAGUUUACAUGCAACAUUUGAUGGGAAUUGAAGGAGUGAUAGUUGAUUUGGUUCAAGAGAUAACAGAGGCGGUAUCCGAUAUGAUUAAGCCACCAAAGGUGGAUGAAGAGGAUGAGAAAUUAAGUGAAGGAGAUGGGAACACGGAAUUGAAAGCAAAACCAGAGUUCUCACAGAGGGAGCUUUCAUUUCUUUUGAAGCUCAUUCCUGAAUUGAUACAGCUUUAACAUCAGCCUUUUGCUUUCAAGUACACUUACAGUUUCGCAAAUUUUGCCAGUUUUAUGGGGCUGAUGUUGAGGCCGGGAAUUGGGAUGGUCACCUACCAUUUAUAGUUUUUGUACAUAAAUUUAUCUCUUCUUACCUUUAAACUAUCAAUCCAAGAAGCAAAACCUCAUACUUGGCUUUAUUUAUCUCGUCUUUUGUACGUCGUGUAGUAUGAGAAAUUCUGUAUCCCGGUUUGAGGAAUGAUAUAAAGCUGUAUGUUUACACUA